AUGGAUGUUAAAGCGUGGUUGGUCUGCAUGCUGUUUCUGGAGCAAUGGAGCCACGGGUUCUGCCACACUGGAGCAAUUUUCCUCUCUCAAAAGGGAGACUUCUCCUUAAGUGGGGUUCCCCGACCAUCGAAUAAGAUCAAGGCGCUGCCCCAGUCCAAUCCUGACAUACAUCUUAUCCAGAGUAAGCUGGGAACUCAAGCAAGGCCUUACAGCCUCUCCCUCUCUCCUGAUGACUACCACCACUCUCUGCCCAAGGCAAAGGACUUGCGGACCUCCAGGUUGAUGAAGCUUCUGGGAUCUUCCUAUGACCCUUUCUGGAUGUCUCUCGAGGAUCCCCGAGGUCAGAACCCAAGCGCAGAAGGACCAAGCAUGCAGAGCCAAGACCUGGCUGAACAUACAGCCCGCUUUAGGAAGAAGCUCCUGCAAGAGACAGGCAGAUUAGAGCUUCCCAAGUGGCUUCCAUUGCUGCUUGUUGAGGAGGGGAUACCCCAAAAUUUGAGCCAGUCCUUCAUUUACCAUCUAAGUCAAUGGCUAGUGGAUAGUGCAACCUGUCAUUUAACCUCUUCCUGGGUAGACAUGGGAUCCAUCUUCUGGCCACGCUGGAUACGCCAUACGUACUGCGACCUGACACAAGCUGGGUGCUCUUGGCCUCCAGGCAUGACUUGCAGGCCAGCCCAAAUCACCCACGUCAAACUCCUAGCUUGGCACUGUUGGAUAAAUGGAACCCGGUCUCCGAAUCCUGGAAAGACUCGUAAGGAAUGUGUUUGGAGACAAAUUCCAUAUCCUGUAGUGGCUGCAUGUAAAUGUGCCUGCUCGUGAUCUGGAUGAGGUGAGGUUUAUACUGCAGCACUGAACUUUGUGAGGAUUUUGUUGUCGUUUCCCAGUCAGGGGAAAGCUGCUACUCAAGAUGAGGGUAUGGUCUUGAGCUAUUCAAAUCUAGAGGGCAAUUGUAAUGAGAAAUGAGAGAAAAAGUGCUUCAUGAAGAUCUGAAAAGCUUUGCCUUGGAGGAAUCUUCACAGCUAUGUAAAAACCAAACUAAACUAGGUAUUAUAGUUCUCUGUCAUAUCUGAGGAAUGCUAGCCAAAAGCAAAACAGAAACACCAGUAUCUUUCUCAAAUGUGUAAUGAUGAAAUAACAGCAGAAACUAAAUACGUUUUAGUCAAGCAUUUUGGAACUCUGGAAAUUCAGUAAUUGUGUUUCUUUUAAUUGGAGGUGAUACAUGUUGUUAAUGUGAAGAAAUAAAGGGGCAUAAAGAAAUAAAAGGGCUUGAUUAGAAUUUGGGACAACUAAUCUCAUCAAAUUAUCACUCUGUUAUUCACUAUAGAGGAUUGGAGACUUGGUUGUGCAUAAUUUAGUAAGCCUUAGAUACAGUGCACAUGGACCCAAUCCUUGACAUUUUCCAGUGUGGGCUCUAUUAAAAA